AUGGCCAAAGAUAACGCGACGCCGCCACCGAAAAACGAUGGAAACGCCAUCGAUCCCAAUUCUCCAUAUUAUCUUCACUGCUCUGAUUAUCCAAGGCAGAUGCAGAUAAACGAUGUUCUCUCUGACAGCAACUAUGGAGAUUGGGUUCAAGAGAUGAAGAAUUUUUUGUUUGCAAAGAACAAAAUCAGUUUCGUUAAUGGUUCAAUUAAAAGGCCAGAAGAGGAAUCGGCACAAUAUAUGUUAUGGAUAAGAUGUGAUGCUAUGAUAAAGGGAUGGUUGACUACAGCCAUGGAGAAGGAUAUCAGAUCAAGCGUCAAACACGCCAACACCGCUGCGGAGAUAUGGGCCGAUCUUGAAGAAAGAUUUGGCAAGAAAAGUGCUCCUCGAGCAUAUGAACUAAAACAGACCUUGACCACCACGGCUCAGAAUGGUGCAUCUGUUUCAGCCUAUUACACCAAGAUGCGAGGACUGUGGGACGAAAUACAAACUGUGUCACCAACACCUUAUUGCACCUGCUAA